AUGCGACAACUUGAACUUAUUUCCAACGAUCUGACUAGUUACUAUCGCUCGACCCUUGGUGACGCCUACAAUGCUAGCAUUAGUGAUUACCGCACGUCUGUCGCCGGUGGGAAUUUAUCCGAGACGCGGAUUGUGAAGAAGGGAAUGGAGAACGCAGUUACUUCGUUAGUCGACGAUAUGCUGGUUGCGUAUGCCUUGGCUCAGUUGAUGGUUAGUGGUUUUGAGAAAUCCACACCUGUAGUGGUCCAGGUCUCUGCUCUGCGAGUCAGAUCGCGGGCUUACAUUAUUGCUAGUGCGGCGAUCACUGCACUGAUUGUACUUCUGGCAAUCGGGGAGGGCCUUCGAAUGCGGUGGUGGAAGGAUCUUCCGUCCGUUGAUUAUCAGGAUAGUCGAGCAUUGAUUCUAGGUGCAUCUAGGGGGUGGCAAGGGCGUUGCGGAGUAUGUUGA